UCUAAUUUGUUAGCCAAAGUGAAAGGUAUGAGGAAUAUGUUGUCACCGACUGGAGUUAUCCUUUUGCUAUGUCUUUCCCUAACUGCAGCUGAGUUAAGGGAUUCAAUUGUAAGUGGCAACACUCCACGGCGAUGCUACAGCUGCGAGGGCAUCAAUUGCCAGCGUACAACGCGGCAAAAUGCGACUGUGGCAUGCAACGACCUGCUGGACAUUUGUGUAACUGUCUACGAAGGAUUUAUGGUCAGCGAAAUGGGCUGUCUUUUAGAGCUCUCCCAGGCGGCGAAGGAGAAGUGCGAGGCCAAGGACAAGCAGUGUCAGAAAUGCAGCGGAGAACUGUGCAACAAUCUGGGACGCAUUGAUUUUCAGUGCAUCCAGUGCACUGGCUCAGAGAACUCCAAGUGCAACGAGGAAGGCGACAUUUUAAGCUCCUCACAGUGUGCAGCGCCCACUUCGAGUAAUUCCUAUUGCUAUGUGAAGGUGGUGGGACAGAACCUACAAAGGGGCUGUGCCUUGAGUGUAAGAGAGCAACUAAGUUGCCUCUCUGACAGCGACUGUAGCCUCUGUCUGCCGGAAAAUACACGCGACUCAAGAGCGUGCAACAACUACAACAUCAACUUCAAGUCUGGAGCGGUCAAGGGUCAACAACUCUUUGGCCCGUUGCUUGGAGUCCUCACUCUGAUGGCUCUUCGAGCAUUGCAAUAAUUUACGCUUAUGCUCUUUAUUAAUCACAAAUAAAUAAAUAAAUCACAACACAAGUAAAUCAUUAA